GGUAUUCAUUAGUGACUGACAAUACUUGUUGUGCGCAUGCGCGAACCUUCUCUCCCUCGUGUACCUAGUGUAAGUUGCUCUUUAUAGUGCUAGUGUGUUAGGUUGUAUCUACUUCAUCUGUUCUUAGGAGGCAUCUUCUGCAGUAAAGAAAUGGCUGCUCGACCUUUGGUGAGUGUGUUUGAUGGUGAGGGUAAGGACAUAGCUCAGACGACCCUACCGGCUGUAUUCAAGGCACCAAUACGUACCGAUGUUGUGCAGUUUGUGCACACGAACAUGCGUAAGAACAAGCGUCAACCAUAUGCAGUGUCCUCCAAGGCAGGUCACCAGACCAGUGCAGAGUCCUGGGGCACAGGGCGUGCCGUGGCUCGUAUACCUCGUGUGAGGGGAGGAGGUACUCACCGGUCAGGACAAGCUGCCUUUGGAAAUAUGUGUCGUGGUGGGCGUAUGUUUGCACCAACUAAGACAUGGCGUAGAUGGCAUCGACGUAUUAACCAGAACCAACGUCGUUAUGCCAUGUGCUCAGCUCUGGCAGCCACAGCUCUCCCUGCACUAGUCAUGGCUAGAGGGCAUCGCAUUGACAACAUUGGGGAAGUCCCCCUUGUAGUGGACAACUCUAUUGAGAAGCUUACUAAGACACGAGAUGCAGUCAAGGUGCUCAAGGCUCUCAAUGCUUAUCCUGAUGUAGCCAAGAGCAAAGCCUCUAAGAAAGUGCGACCAGGCAAGGGCAAGAUGAGGAAUAGACGCUAUGUCCAACGCAAGGGCCCUCUGAUCAUCUACGAUGAGGACCAGGGCAUCACUAAAGCCUUCAGGAACUUGCCAGGUGUUGAGCUGCUGAAGGUAGAUCGUAUGAAUCUCCUGUUGCUGGCGCCUGGUGGUCAUAUGGGGAGAUUCUGUAUCUGGUCUAAAGGAGCCUUUGACAAACUGGAUGCUCUGUACGGGACGUGGAAGAAGAAGUCCACCAUGAAGAACGAUUACAAUCUCCCCCGGCCAAAGAUGAUUCAGACCGACCUGGCACGUCUUAUCAACUCUGACGAGAUACAGAAAGUAGUUAGGCCCAUCAGGCCCAACUCGAAACGUUUCUCUCAGAAGAAGAAUCCUCUCAAGAACCUGAAUGUCUUAUUGAGGCUGAAUCCGUAUGCCAAGACCUUCCGACGUCACCAGCUCCUCUUGGAGAAUAAGCGCAGGAAUGAGAGAGCCGAGGCUGCGGAUAAGAGGAGGGCGCUCUAGUAACUGUUUGAUAGUGAUAGACUGUUGUAAUGAGGUUUGAUGUUUGUGCAAUGGAGAAUGUUGUUUAAUUAUCUCUGAUCUUGAA